CGGUUUUUCGUAAGCAUGGCCGCUCUCGUUUGUGAAACGUGCAACCAGUAUUUAAGUUACGAUGAAUAUAAAAUGUAAGAAAUAUUCCCAACGACAUGUUUCUCUGUGGGAUUUUUAGGCUCCGUCUACAAGUGCUGAGCUUUUCAAGUGAUUAAUAUUUUAACCUAGACCUGCACAACGCAAUAUAGCUACAAUUUUGAGUAGCUAGUUAGGUAUUUUGGAUAGCUCGCUGGCAACCAAGGCAAGUCUCCAGAACGUGUCGUAUAGUUAGUCGAAAUCGUGUGUCUAUCUAAGAAGCCUUGUUAUUUUGUCAUAGGCGCAUGCCUGUAGAACAUUUGCUCACCAUGUCGUCCAGCCAGACUUUAUUUGUGCAGAAUUUGCCUGCCACUGCUACCAACGACCGUUUGGAAGAGAUAUUCUCUGAGAUAGGACCCGUAAAGCACUGUUUUGUCGUUAAUGAUAAAGAAUCUGGAAAAUGUCGAGGGAUUGGGUACGUCACCUUCCCUAUGGCAGAGGAUGCCCAACGAGCACUGAGCGAAAUCCGAGAUUACGAUGGAAAGAAGAUUCGCGUUUUAGUCGCGAAGAAAAAGAUCAUUGUCAAGAAAAAAAAGGCUUCAAAAGAAGAAGAAGAAGAAGCAGCAUCCCCCAAGAAGCCAGCCAAAGCUGACAAAAAACCUUUCAAAAAUAGCAAGAAGAAGGCUAGACUUAUUGUCAGAAAUCUCAGUUUCAAGUGUUCUGAAGAUGAUCUGAGGCAGUUUUUUGCAAAGUAUGGGACAGUCCUUGAAGCCAGCAUCCCUCUUAAACCAGAUGGGAAGAUGCGUGGGUUUGCCUUUGUCCAGUUCAAGAACAUAGUGGAAGCCAACAAGGCCCUGAGGGGCACCAACCUGAAGGAGAUCAAAGGGAGGCAAGUGGCUGUAGACUGGGCCAUCGCCAAAGACAAGUUUGUUGGAAAACAGCCAACCGCUGCAGCAGAGACUGUAAAACAAGAGGAAGAAGAAUCCGCAGCUGCCGGCGAAGGUGGUGAGGGUGAAGACAACAGCGAUGAUGAUGAUGACGAUGACGAUGAUGGGUCUGAAGAGGAAGAUGAUGAACCAGCUAAAAAAGCAACACAAAAGUCAACAGCUGUGCCAAAGAAAGCCCCAAAACACCAGUCUGAUGAGGAGGAGGAGGAUGGUGAGGAGGAGGAUGGUGAUGACAACGGAGAUGAUGAUGAUAAGAUGGAGGUAGAGGAGAAGGAUGGGUCUGAAUCUGAAAGCGCUGACAGUGAUGACCACAGUAGAGGCCAUUCAUCAGAAGAUGACUACGACGAUGACGACGAUGAUGAUGAUGAUGAUGACAGCUACAGUGACGAUGAUGAAGAUGCUCCCUCAAAGAAGAAGAAGCGAGUCCUGCCAUCUGACGUGAACGAGGGGAAAACGGUCUUCAUCAGGAAUCUGUCCUUUGACACGGAAGAAGACGGCCUAGAGAAAGCGCUGUUGACGUUUGGAGAGCUGAAUUACGUCCGGGUCGUUAUUCAUCCAGACACAGAGUCUUCUAAAGGUGUUGCUUUUGCUCAAUUCAAAAGCAAGGAGGCGGCAGACAAGUGCAUUGCAGCAGCCGAGGAAUCCUCUGCAAGUGGGGGACUCCGUGUGGAUGGCAGGCGGCUGAUCGUGGUUGCAGCCGUUAGCCGAGAGGAUGCCGUCAAGCUGAAGGACAAGAAGGUGAAGGUCGAGAUGGGCUCGAGAAACCUCUACCUGGCCAGAGAAGGCUUGAUUCGUGAAGGAACGAAAUCAGCAGAGGGUGUGCCUCCAACAGAUAUGGUCAAGAGGGCCCGAUUUGAGGACCUGAAGCGAGCAAAGCUGCGGGACAUCAGCAUAUUUGUGUCCAAGACACGGCUUUGUGUCCACAACCUGCCCAAGUCUGUGGACCAGAAACGGCUGCGAGGCCUCAGCCUCCAGGCAGCAGGAGGCAGCAGAGCAGUCAGGAUCACUGAGUGUCGUGUGAUGUACGACAGGAAGCCAGAGAAAGGGCAGAUGAUGGGCCAGUCGCUGGGCUACGGCUUUGUGGAAUUCCAGGAACACGACCAUGCCCUCAAGGCUCUGCGGCACCUCAACAACAACCCGGACAUCUUCGGCCCCAGCAAGAGACCCAUCGUGGAGUUCUCUCUGGAGGACCGGCGGAAGCUGAAAAUAAAGGAGAUGCGGAAACAGCAGACCCAUCAGCAAUUCAGGAAUAAGGCUGAAAGCCAAGGAGCAGGAGAUAUGGCAGCAGGAGGACGGGGAAAGCAGCAGCAGACACCUAAACAGCCCCAACAACAACAACAACAGAAACCCAAACAACAACAACAGCAACAGCAGCAGCAGCAGCAGAAACCCAAACAGCCCCAACAACAGCAGCAGCAGAAACCCAAACAGCCGCAACAACAACAUCAACAACAACAACAGCAGAAACCCAAACAGCCUCAGCAGCAGCAGAGUAACCCAGAAAAGAUGGAAGCAGUCGAGAGCACCAACAGCCAUCACUCCGGCUUCAAGACCACGCCUGAGGUGGAACAGGUGGAGCUUGCCGACGGCAAGAAGCGCCGCAAGGUUCUCCCACUGCCUUCCAAACGAGGCCCCAAGAUCAGGGCACGAGACAAAGGAAAGCGGCCGCCUGUCCAGCCCAAGACUGUGAAGAAGGGUCCAACCAGGAAAGAGCAGCUGGCUGUUCGCUGUCUAGAGAAAGUCAGACAGCCUAAGAAACAGAAUGCCAAGGCGGGCAAGAAGCAGUUGAGGAAUAGGGAGGAUGAUCGAUUCGACAGCCUGGUGCAACAGUACAAGAGGAAGUUAAUGGGCAAUAGUGCCAAAACCCCAGUCAUUAAGAAAAGCAAAUGGUUCAGCAGCUGAGUCGGUCUGUGUGAGUGUGUGUGUGUCUCUGUCUGUGUGUGUGUGUGUGAGAGAGAGUGUGUGAGAGAGAGAGUUGUUUUUUGAGGAUCAUCAGAGACACUCAUCUUCCUGUAAAUUGGAAUCAUUUACAGGGAAAAAUAAAACAAACUUUUUUGUAUUAGUAAUUCAA